AUGUCAACGAUAAGAGCAAGAUCCUCGGCAAAGUCGGAAUCAAGCACCUCCUCAUCCAUGACAACCACCGUCCACUCGAUCCGGCCUGUCACAGAUACGCACCGCAACCAUGACGAACAAGAAGACGAAGCAGACGAGACAACACCCGUCAUUGGAUCAGGAGGACAGGGCCCGAUCUGCCAUUGGGAUGAGCUCCCUGCCUGGAUGCAGGACAACCCUGCGAUCUUUACAGGUUACCGUCGUCCUACAUUCAGCUACAAGAAGUGUGCCGCCUCUCUGGGGUUCCUUCAUAACGAGAGUGUGAAUGUAUGGUCGCACUUGAUCGGAGCGAUCGCAUGUAUCGUUGUCGCACCCUUGGUCUACUUCAAGGUCUUCCACACCCUCGAGACGGUUCACUGGACGGACAUAAUGCACUUUUACAUCUUCAUGGCAGGAGCGAUCUUGUGUCUGUCCAUGUCGACACUCUUCCACUUGUUCUCUUGCCACUCUGAGCCCGUCUCUCACCAUUGGAACCGAUGCGACUAUGUCGGCAUUGUCUUUUUGAUCACCGGCUCCUUCUACCCCGCGGUCUUCUAUGGGUUCUACUGCUUCAGGACAUUCCAGAUCAUGUACAUUACCUUGAUCUCAAUCUUUGGUGGCGCCACAAUCAUCGCCGUCACCAAGCCUAUCUUCCGCACUCCGCAGUACCGUUGGAUCCGCUCCUGCCUCUUCCUCGCCAUGGGUCUCUCUGCCGUCUUCCCCAUCAUCCACAGCGUCUUCCUCUACGGGAUCCCACUGGCAAGGAAGGCAAUCGCAAUGGAUUACAUGGUCCUCAUGGGAUUCUUCUACGUCUUCGGCGCAAUCCUCUAUGGCACUCGUACCCCUGAACGUUACUUCCCUGGAAAGUUUGAUCAUUUCGGAUCCUCCCACCAGAUCUUCCAUAUCUGUGUUCUGUUUGGAGUGUUGACCCAUUUCUUGGGUGUUAUGAAGGCGAUGGAGUUUUGGCACGAUUCGAACCACACCUGUUCUAUCCCCAUCCAGGAGAUGAGGGCCGCUUAUGUGUAA